UUUUUACGUCAUCGCCGGCGCGACACCCGUAGGGACAGUCUGGGGUCUGGUUUUCGGGGAGGUGAGGCGGCGGGAGCGGCGGGGAAGAUGCCAGUGGCGGUGAUGGCGGAAAGUGCCUUCAGUUUCAAGAAGCUGCUGGAUCAGUGCGAGAACCAGGAGCUCGAGGCUCCUGGAGGAAUUGCCACAGCCCCAGUGUAUGGUCAGCUUCUGGCCUUGUAUCUGCUCUAUAACGACAUGAAUAAUGCAAGAUAUCUUUGGAAAAGAAUACCACCUGCUAUCAAAUCUGCAAAUUCUGAACUUGGGGGGAUCUGGUCAGUAGGACAGAGAAUCUGGCAGAGAGAUUUCCCUGGGAUCUAUACAACCAUCAACGCUCACCAGUGGUCAGAGACGGUCCAGCCCAUCAUGGCAGCACUGAGAGACGCUACCAGGGGACGCGCCUUCGCCCUGGUUUCCCAGGCGUAUACCUCCAUCAUCGCCGACGACUUCGCGGCCUUCGUCGGACUUCCUGUGGAGGAGGCUGUGAAAGGCAUAUUAGAACAAGGAUGGCAAGCCGACUCCACCACAAGAAUGGUUAUGCCCAAAAAGCCAGGAGCCCAGGAUGUGUCCUUUCACAGGUUUAUUCCCCUGUCCGAGCCUGCCCCGGUCCCACCAAUCCCCAACGAGCAGCAGUUAGCCAGGCUGACCGAUUACGUGGCUUUCCUUGAAAACUGACUUCCCACCCCGAGUCCGAGAUCCACCUUCAGAGUCCUGUAUGCUGACAAAUGGAGAAACGUAAAACGUUUGUUUUCAGUUUUUAGAAUGGAUUAAGCACCUCAGCAUCCCUCACUGAGUAGGUGAGGAAGUCAGUGUGUAAUACAGAGUAGAUUGUACGUACUUUGCCCUGAAACGUCGUUGCUGACUAGCUGUUGAAAGGGUUCUCAGUUUGCAACGUGUAACAGCUGGAGCCCAUCAGUGUUAGGUGGCUGGUUUGUGUUUCCCAGUGACUCGUAAAGCGUGGCUCUGUGGCUCCGUGUAGUGCAGCGGCCGCACCCGCCUGUCCCCGUCUGUCCCUCUGCGGCUCCGUGUAGCACAGCGGCUGCCCCCGUCUGUCCCUCUGCGGUUCCGUGUAGCGCAGCGGCUGCCCCCAUCUGUCCCCAUGUGUCUGUGCCUCAGCAUACGGCACUCCUGUUGGCGCCACUGGCUGAGGUGGGGUGGAUUCGUUGGGGCUUGAGGGGGUCCAUCCCCCGAAGGCCGUAGCCACAUUGCCAGGGAUUCUGGUUCUCCUUCUUUGGAAAAUAUGCUCCCCCCCUCCCCUACAAGCUCCUGAGAAUCACUAAUGUGGGACACUGGGUACAGCUGAGGGACAGAAGACCAUUUCCUUCAUACGCCAGGCUGUCGACGAGAUUUCUCCUGAUGGCCUGAGUAUACCCAUUGCUGGCAGCAGAGGGUGCCCAGGAAGAGCAGCUCAUUUAAGGUGCUCGUGAGAAGCCUGCAGUUGUGUUAUGUCCUCUCAGGAGGGGAAGGGACGUGUGCAGGGCGUGCUGUUGGAGAAGCAGCUUGGGAAUGAGUUUGUGUGACUCCUGCCACCUGCCGGCUGCUCGCAUUUACCCCGGGUUCAAGUUCUGCCUUUUACAGAAAUAAUGAAUCUUUCAUUUCUUGUGUGACCCCUCUUACUGUUUGAACUUGUUUAUUGUAUCUUUGGGUUAAAACACCCCCUAGUUCAUUCAUUCUGCAUUUGUUCAAUAAAUAUUUAAUUGAAUUCUUCCAUUGUUUCAGCCAAAGUUGUUUCUGGAAAUUUCACUCUUGGCCUUCUUUCUGUAGACACGUUGUAGUUUGUCAGUGUCUCUUAAAAUAUGAGUUUCCUAAUUAAGCAGAAAUGACCUGUAUAGUCAUAAUUGCAUGAUUCAUGUUUUCACUCAUUUUAAGCAUAUUUUCUUGGCUGACGUUACGCACGUUGUUUUACAAACAGGGCUCAGGUUUUCAUUCGGAUGAGCCGAGCUUCCUUCCUUGGUGCUUUUGUAACAAGUGGCUGUCCUUCAUAUGUUUGAAAAGCAACUCUUCUCGCCCCAAUUUCUUCUUUUCUCAGAGUGAACACCCUGCUCCUACUAGUCCUCGUGUACUGUCAUUUGGAAUCCCUGCUGUUUCGGAUGUUCCUUGAGUGUGUUCCAGUUUAUUUCAGAAACUUGUACUUAGGUGAAGGAGUACUAGAUAGUGAUCAGACCACUGCCCUCGCACCAGCUCUGAAAAAAGCAGCAGAGCUCGUCACGCUAACGCUAAGCUAAGCGUAUUCCACAAAGUUAGGUGACGUUUUUAUCAAAGAAAAAACCGGCCUGCUCUUUCAGUUUUUAAGUUGUACUUUUGUUUAACCGUGGUGGGUAAGUCAUGUUGUGAAACCUCCUGUUUUACGGUUGAGGAAUGGCAGUUGCAGAAGUCCACAGAUUAGCAAUGAGAAAGUGGUGAUAGCAGUUUUGAAUGUUGAGAUAUGAAUACAGAUUGUACAGUGGGCCCUAUUCGUCAUAGCCGGUUAGGAUCAACCCACGUGUUUAGUAAAGUGGGACUGGUUGAGUAACCAACCGUAUACAGGAUAGUAAGGAGCCCUGGUGGUGCAGUGGUUAAGUGCUUGGCUGCUAACUGAAAGGUCGGUGGGUCAAACCUACCAGCUGCUCUGUGGGAGAAAGAUGCUGCAGUCUGUUUGUGUAAAGAUGACAGCCUUGGAAACCCUGUGGGGCAGUUCAGCUGUGUCCUAUAGGGUUGCUAUGAGUUGGAAUCAACUUAGUGGCAGCAGCUGCACAGGGUGGUGCUGCACAGCAGGGACGGGCCAGCAUGAUGGGGUGCUCCGCAGGCACGUGGCCGGGACGGGCCAGCAGGAUGGGGUGCUCCACAGGCACGUGGCCGGGAUGGGCCAGCAGGAUGGGGUGCUCCGCAGGCACGUGGCUGGGACGGGCCAGCAUUAUGGGUGCUCCAUAGGCACGCAGCCGGAUGGGCCAGCAUGAUGGGGCGCUGCGCGGGCACGUGGCCGGGAUGGGCCGGCACGAUGGGCUGCUCUGUAGGCACGCAGCCGGAUGGGCCGGCACGAUGGGGCGCUCUGUAGGCACGCAGCCGGAUGGGCCAGCAGGAUGGGGUGCUCUGUAGGCACGCGCCUGGGACGGGCCAGCACGAUGGGGUGCUCUGCAGGCACGCGGCCCAGCCGUGCGGCGUUCUUGGUGCAGCAGCAGGUGAGCAUGAGCACAAUGAAGGCUGUACUUGAGAUGUGGGAGUUAAAGAAAUGAAGGCAUUGAUGAGCAACCUGUUAGCCAAAUCUGGCAUGCGGGGAAUAUUCACAGGACACGUAGGUGAGUUUCUGUAAAAAACAAACAGGGCAGGGAGGAUGGGGUUAAGUACCUGCAGAUUGCCGCUGCUGGGUUCAAGGUGUUUGAGGCAGAAUCACAGUUGUGCCAAGAACUGCAAAGAUUGGUACAUCCAGAAAGAAUAUAAGCAUCCGAGAGCCCCUGAAGCAAUGAGGGUUAGAGGAACAAGUUUCAGGAGAGGGCAGAGCCACACAGAGGUGACCUGCAGCUACCUUUUUCUGGGGCAUUUGCUAAUCUGGGCACAGCAAGAGCCAGGCUCUGCCAGGGCAGGCCCCUCCUGGAGACCUGGUCUCCUGCAGGUCCUUUGGCACUUCAUAAGGCUGGAGGAAUAAAAGUGGAGACUUGAGAGGCUAAAACACACACCUAUUUACUCUUCAAGACAUUUGGAGAAUUUUUAAUUUGCUUGAGGUGCUAGGUGCCGUCGAGUUAGAUUUUCACUUGCAUCCCCAUGUGUGGUCUUUACAGGAGCAGAUCACCGGGCGUUUCUCCUGAGGAGCCGCUGGGUGGGUUCAAACUGCUAACCUUUUGGUUAGCAGCCAGGCACUUAACUGUUGGGCCACCAGGUCUCCUCCUUUGGUCGGGGUUUUGUGUGUCUCUGCGUGCACCCAUUCGCCAUCAGAUCAAUUCCAACUGCUGGUGACCCCAUGCAACGCAGUAGAUCUGUCUCCAGAGGAUUUCCAAGGCUGUAAAUCUUGGCAGGAGCAGAGUGCCAGGGCUUUCUCUCGUGGAGCUGCUGGGUGGGCUUGAACCACCAACCUUUCAGUUAGCAGCAGAGUUCUUAAAAACUGCACCAGCAGGGCUCCUUUUGCUUAGGGUAGUUUUCCUACAGUAUCUCGUAAGCACAAGAGGCUGGGGUGCUGUAAGUAGAAACCAGAGAGAAACGUUAGUAAAACUGCAACCAGGAGACAAGCCAGUGUCAGUGUUCACAUUAAUGUAGAGAAAAACAGUGGAACAUACUGGAAAGUCUUCAGAAACAUUUGACACACAGCAAAGAGUAGGGGUUGUUUCUAUCUUCUGGGAGAGAAUAACUGUUUUCCAUGAGUCUUGUAGCUUUUAGUGCGUUUGGGGCAUUUUUAACAACCUGUGAUUAAACUGCAUAAAAAACGGGGACACAAAGAUACCUAUUGACUCUUGGCUGGAACAAGGCAUGAAUUGGCAUAAGUACGUCCUUGUUCAUGAGCUGUGCCUGGAUUUCUGCGGUUUGAGGAAGCUGACAUUUGCCUUUUAAAUGGAGUUCAGGACAACCUUGGAUUCUGAUUAUUUUUUGCAGCAGAGUAGUAGGUUUCCUCUGGUCCUGUUGCUUCUCUGAGUAAAGGCAGUUUUCGGAACAUAGUGAAGAGACUGCGUGAGUUUAUCUGAUUCCAAAAGACAAACUAAAACCAGGGUGGAUGUGUCUGGAUUUAAAUGAUUGUCAAGGGCCUCCUGGGUCAGCAGGGAUAGUGGACAACCAGGAGUGCUCUGAACGUCCUCCAGGAAUGAGUGAGCUUUGACGGUUGUGCUGUGUCUACCCACCUGACCAGAAUAUACGGAUCCUAGGUGCGAAUUGUGCUUUUUUUUUUUCCUAUGGCUUUAAAGCCAUAGGAGAAGGUUCCGCUCAGAAUAGAAGAGGAACCAGGCCGCUUUCCCCUUGGGAGUCACACCACGAGGAGCCACAGGAAAGGAGUAUGGGUUCAGCAGUGCUGACUGCUCACCGGUGCUCCCAAUGCUCACCUGUGCUGUGGCUGCUCACCUGUGCUGCGGCUGCUCACCUGUGCUGCGGCUGCUCACCUGUGCUCCGACUGCUUACCUGCUCCCUGUUCUGUAAGAAGAGUAACUCAGGACAGACAGCAAGAAGCCUCGAUGCAGGAUAAGCCCUGAGGUGAUGAGAACCUAGUCACAGGCAUCCUGUGCCAGCUAACCAGUAAACUAGGCGCCCUUGAGUCAGUUCCGACUGCAUGUGUGUCAGAGUAGAACUGAGCCCCAUACGGUUUUCAGUGGCUGAUUUUUUGGAAGUAACCUCCAGGGCUUUCUUCCAUGUCGGCUAAAUAACAUCUAAAGACUGGAUUAGGGUGCUGCUGAAGUUGUGGGGGUGAAGAAUACCAAAGAAGAUUGGCUCAAGAAAUGCCAAACCCAUCUGGAGCUUUAAGCCCCUUGGAUGCCACCCUUAAAAUACAGAUUUCCAGCAGACUGGUACCUGGAAUCUUGAGCCCACUUCCCCAGAAGACACAACGACUGAAUGGAAAUAUUGGAGUUCAUUCUCCGUUGCUUUAUUCUGCCCAAGGCAAUUUAACAUGGCCUGCUUUCAAGAGAUGAGGAGGUUUUAGUGCGGUUUUCAGUAUCAUCUCGGCCGAAUGUCUGUUUUGUUCUUCUGUGUGAUGUGCCGCCUUUCAUGUGACCAGAGCUGCUGCUCUGGGGUCAGAAACUGCAGAGCAGCUUUCCCGCACUUCCACCCGCCCCUUCCCCCGGGUGGCAGAGGGCGCUGAUGGGAGAAACCACACGGGCAGGGCGGAUGCUGCGUUUUCAAACCCUCCUGAGUGAGAUAGGGAAAGCCAGCUGGUGAGAGCCAGGCAUCCCUCAUCGCCUCUAGGCUUUCUCAUUGUUGGAAAUACGCUGCUGGAAUCCCUUUGAUGCCCGGGGCCCUCCGAUGGCUCCCUUCCUCGGAUAUCCGGUCGCUCUCACUUCUGGCAGUGGGCACAGUCCUGCAGAGAGAGAAGUCUGCGAAGGCUGGCGAAACCGCCGCUGUGUUAUUAGAUGUUUUUAAAGAGACGUCAUAUUUGAGUUUUUUGGUUUUGUUUCUUUUAUCGGCCCUUGAGACUCCAGUACCUUCUGUCAUAAGAGUGGAAUGGCUGAGCUUACUAAGAUUUGGCCAGAUAGAAAAUUCCUGAAUUUGAGCUGAGUUCCUAAUGUUUAAAAAAUAAAAAUUUAAAUGACUCCACCAAGUAGUUUUUUUGGGAGGUUUUCAUGCAUUUGUAAUUUAUGAACUUAGAAUAUCAAAUUCAAUUGUAUGAUAGAUUUAAAAAAAAAAAAAAGACAAAAUUUAAAUGUAGCCACGUUAUUCUAGAGGUUUGCUAAGAGAAAAAGAUCAAGGACAGAGUCACUGGUGUGAGGGGACCCCAGCUGGGCCCGCUGAGGACAUGGUCCCAUCUGCAGGGAGCACAGGACGCUCACUUCCGACCUGGGUGCCCGGCCCGUGGCGUCGCCGCGUGGGGAAGUCAGCCCAGCUGCCUGGCCUGGCCUGUGCUUGCAGCACACAGCUCUUAGAAAAUUCACUCCCGAUGCCUGCUCUCCAGGCUGCCAAAGCUCUGUUGUGAAAGUUAAUAUUCCUGGCGGACUCCCCGAGUCCCAGACCACAAGUUGGGCAUCACCCGGGAGCCCCAGUCCAGACCUGCGGAAUCAACGUCUGCAUUUUAACAAGACCCCAGGGAUUCCUGUGCACAGGGAAGUUCGGGGAGCCUGCUGUAGGGGCUUCACAGCUACUCCGUUUUAGGUGGGGUGCUGUGUACUUGUAUUACAGGACUGUUAUGGAGUGCGUCGUGCCCCCCCCCCCCAAAAAAAAUGUGUGCUCUAAUCCUAACCCCUAUACCUGUGAUUAUAAUCCCAUUUGGAAAUAGGCUUUCUCUGUUCUGUUAAGGAGGCAGGAUUAGUCGGGGGUGUGCCUUAAGCCAGCCUCUUUUGAGGUAGAGCAGAUUCAGCAAGCAGAGAUGGGGGAAGGUAGAUGCCAGGUCACGUGAAAAUCCCCAAGGAACAAAAGCUGAAAAGAGACAAGGACCUUCCCCCGGAGCCAUCAAAGAAAGAUGGCCUUCCCCAAGAGCUGCCGCCCUAAAUUCUGACUUCUAGUCUCCUAAACUGUGAGAGAAUAGUUUCUGUUAAAGCCCUACUUGUAUUUCUGGUACAGCAGCAGUAAUAGUUAAGACGGGAACCUUGUGAGAAGCGGCCUGAGGAAACUCAUUGUUGUAUUUGGGGUAAAAAUAGGGUGUCCCCAUGUCACCAAGGAACUUUUUUACAGGAGGCCCCCAGCCCCCAGUGAGAAAUUCCUCGCAGGUCUCAGUGUCCGGGGAGUGUCUUAUGCGUGGAUACUGCCUUAAUGGGCUCGAGCUGCUCCCUGCCUUGGCUCUGAAGCUCAGAACCUUAUUCCGAGUCUGUCUGGCAGCGCUCCGUGAGCACAUGACACUUAUUUUUUCUUAAACUUGCUAUUUCUUUCUCUCCCUCUACUUACCAGCCUCACGCCCUGCCUUUGUUACUUUUUUAUCCUGAAUGCAUUUCUGUAAAUACACUGUUUUUUUCUAGAGCCAGUGGGGAAAUGCAUUUAUAAAUCAGUGCCAUGAAGGACAACUAGCAGCCCUCUCUGAUGGUGUGUUUCCUCAGCCGAUGAAGGAAGCUGCCAUGGUAUUUUUCAAAGAACCACUUGCCAGGUUUCUCAGCCCCGACAUCCAGCCUUCCUGCCCACCGCAACAUCCGCUGCUGGGAAGCAGGUUUGCGUGUGUAGAUGCCUCUGCUCCGUGGUCAGUCGUCCUUUCGCCAUCGGGGAGGGGUGCCAGCUCUGAGUACUGAUGUUAACUUUUGCCUAUGUAUUUCAUGUCUGGGACUCACUGAAAAGUGAGUGGUUCAAGUCUAUCCAGAGGCACCUUGGAAGAAAGGCCUGGCAAGCUACUUCUGAAAAAGUCAGGGAUUGAAAACGUUACUGAGCACAGUUUUGCUCUGACACAUGCGGGGUUGCCAUAAGUUGGAGUCAGCUCAGCAGCGUGUGGUUAUUUAGUGUUGAGCUAAAGCUCUUUACUGUAAUUUAGCACACUGCUGUCGUUUUCAUGUACAGCAUUUCCGGGGCGGAUUAUCCAAUAGGCCAGGUAAGCGUGGUCCUCGAGGUGGUGAAACCCCUGUGAAAUUGUUCACCACAGAUUACUAAGUAAAUGCAAGUAAACCCAUGCUGGCCUUGCUUACCAGAUCGCAUGUAGUGAACAAUUUCACAGGGGUUUCACCAUAUCCUUGAAACUGUUCACUACAGAUUGUUAAGGAAGCACAAGGAAACCUGUGUUUCCCUUGCUUCCUGGGCCAUCUGCCUCUAUCAGGGACUGUAAAUUUGAAAAGAGGCUCUGAUUCUGUAGGGAAGUGCUGUGGGGUUGGGAGAGAGAUAGAUGCCAGCCAUACCUAGAAAUAGUCUUUGAUGUGGUGAAAAAUGAAAUUGUUCACUACAGAUGACCUGGUAAGCAAGGUAAGCACCGUGUUUAUCUUGCCUAUUGGACAGUCUGCCCCUGAUUAUUUCAUCCCCACAAAACACUGGAGGGUAGAUCUCUGUGUCUCCAUUUUGUAAACACUGAAAGCCAGGGUCUCAAGUGCCCAAGCUCAGGCAGCCCUGUAGUGGGGCCACGAAGCCCAAGGUACUUAUCUGAACUAUCAUGCUGAACCGCUCUUCGGGGGGCGGGGGGGGGCACUCAGUGGAAAGAGAUCAGACAAAUUACCAGAGUCCUUCAGAGGCGAUGCAUAACUGACUGAUUAGAUAGAAGGUCUCAGAAGAACAAGCCUCUUGAGAUCCUCACACUGGAAUGUUCAGAUGAAAGUAGCAUAAUUUAAAUGCUGCAAAGAUCACUUGGCCAUCCACCCAUCGACCUUGCUGCUCCUGGUUGUUUCUAAAGACGUAAUCUGAGAUGCGGCUGAAGAUUUGGGGAAAGAAUGUUCAUCACCACGUUACUUAGAAAAUGAAAACAGCGUCUACAAAGGAAGCCUCCAAAUGUCCAAAACAAGGGUUGUCAUGGGAUUAAAUGAGCUAUUUUAUAUGUGAAGUGCUUGUAGUAGUGUCCAGGAAUUGGAGCCCUAGUGGGUGCAGUGGUGAAGAGCCACGGCUGCUAAUCAAAAGGUCGGCAGUUCGAAUCCAACAGCUACUCCUUGGAAACCUUGUGGGGCAGUUCUGCUCUGUCCUGUAGAGUCGCUGUGAGUCAGAAUCUACUCAAUGACAAUGGGUUUGGUUUUUUGGGAAUUAGAAAGCGCUGUAAAAAAAAAUUUUUUUUCUUUUUUGUAGAAGUGUUUACUAUUGUUGGUGUUUUUGUUGAUUAAGAAAAUAAUAGCACAACCAUAUAAUAAACUAUGGUGUGAAACAAUAUAUGAAAAAUAUUUUUAAGGAAAACUAAUAAAUGAAAAAAGAUGCAAACAUUUCACUAGUUUUGCUGAAGAAAAUAGAGAAUGAAAGGAAAUACACCAAAAUGUUUACACAUGGUUACCACCAGAUGUUGAGAUUAUUGGUGAAUUCAACUUCUUUUUUCUUUAAUCCUUUUAUUUCCAUUUUUUAUAUCCAUUUUUUUCCACUGGGUGUAUUUAAUAUUUUUAUAUUUUCAAGUUUAAGGUUGCUUACUCUCAAAUAACAGUUGUAACAUUUGAGAUUGAUGAGGUCCACCGACGGCCAGCUUCAGCCUGACAGCGACAUUAGGGCUACAGACCAGCACGAAGCGCAGCAGGCACAGUGUUCGCCUUGUUGUGUCAGCUCUUUCCACAGCAACACUGGGUAACAAACGACCCCGAAACUCAGUGGCUACGACAAAUAGCAUUCAUUCUUCCACUCGGGGGUGUGCAGGGGUGUGCGGUGUGGCGGGCGGGGGGGUCUGCUUCCAGCUGUGUGCUGGCUGCGCUUGGCUGUGAGCUGAGCGUCAACUCCGCGAGUGCUUUCUGAAUGGCCAGCAGCCACCCACCACGCUCUUCUGCUGUGGAAUCUCCCAAGUCCCACAGGGUGAGACCAGCCUGUUGUUGGGUGUCCUCAGGUUGAUGCUGACUCACAGCCACCCCGUGUGAUAGAGCAGGACUUCCCCACAGGGUUACCUAAGCUGCAGUCUAUGGGAGCAGAUCACCAGGCCUUUCCCCACUUAGCCGUGUUGGUUCAGACCACUGACCUUUCAGUUUGUAGCCGAGUGCUUGACCGUUGCUCCCCGCUGGGCUCCCUAAGAUCCCUCUUACAUCGUGUCUGCUACCGUUCCGCUGUCCAAAGGAAGUCAGAUGGCCAAGCACAAAACCAACGGGACAAGGAAGUAGACACCACUCGCUCAGUGGGAGUGAGGAGAGAGAAUAGUGGAUGAGUGGUGAUACAGACACCCCAGUUGUGAUCUGAGUCUGCUCUGUGCUGGCGCACAGUUUUCUCCAGUGGAGCAGUGGCGACGAGCUGCUGAGCUGCUGGCAUGGCAUAGCCCUUUGGAAGCAGACAGCUCUGGUUGUGAGCUGUUACUCUGCCGUUUUCUACGUUGUGUUCUUAAUGGGGAAGCCCAGGUGGCGCAGAGGUUAACUGCUACGGCUGCUGAUCAUAAGGUCAGCAGUUUAAAUCCACCAAGCACUCCUUGGAAACUCUAUGGGGCAGUUCUACUGUCCUACAGGGUCGAUGUGAGUCGGAAUCGACUCGAUGGCAGUGGGUUCUGGUUGGUUCUUAAUGGGGUUUCAAACCAGUUUGUUCCGGUUCCAGCCCGGGCUGAGAGCCUGCAAUUCCACCCCAGAUACACUGAAUCAGAUUCUGCAGUUUAGCAAGCUCCCCAGGUAAUUCUUAACCAAAACCCGGUGCAGUCGAGUCGAUUCCUACUCACAGCGACCCUAUAGGACAGAGUAGAACUGCCCCACAGAGUUUCCAAGGAGCGCCUGGUGGAUUCAAACUGCCGACUCUUUGGUUAGCAGCCGUAGCACUUAACCACCAUGCCACCAGGUGAUUCCUAUGUAUCAUAAAUUUUGAGACCCACUGCUCUACUAGUGGUUCUCAGAAUUGGUCCCCAACCAGCAGCAUUAGCCUCACCUGGCAACUUGUUAGAAAUGCAAAUUCUCAGCAGGGGUUUGAACUGGAGCGAAGCAGUUGGAAGUCCUGGUUCUUAAGCAUGUAACUUAACCACCAAGCUGUCGUUUCCUCCAUUGCUAAAUGGGGUUGUUGUGAGAAUUAAACAAGAAAACAUGUGAAGGUCUGAGCAAAAAAAACCAAAAAACCAAACCAAGCCUGUUGCCGUGGAGUCGAUUCCGACUCAUAGUGACCCUACAGGACAGAGUAGAACUGCCCCAUAGAGUUUCCAGGGAGCGCCUGGUGGAUUCGAACUGCCGACUUUUGGUUAGCAGCCAUAGCUCUUAACCACUACGCCACCAGGGUUUGGUUUUUAGGAAGCACUCAAUGAAUGAUGUUAGUUAUUCAUAUACUGGAGUCCCUGGGUGGUGCAAAUGGUUAACUUACUGCUAACAAAGUUGGAGGUUCAAGUCUCCUAGAGGCUCCUCAGAAGAAAGGCCUGGCAAUUCUCCUUCUAAAAAAUACAGCUGUUAAAAACCAUGUGGAGCACAGUUCUACUGUGACACACAUGGGGUUGCCACGACUUGGGAUUGACUCAAUGACAACUGGUGUGUUUGUCUUUGGUUCACGCGUUAUUAGUAGCUAUUGGGAAGAUAUUUGAGAUUCAGUGCUGAGGAAAAAUAAUUAUAAAUAUAGAAUUCUCUGCUUGGUUAACUACCAAUCUAAAAUGAGGGCACAAUAACAAUAUUUUAGAUUGAACUCAUUAUUUGCGAAAGCUACUGUAUUAGUCAAGAUAAGCUAAGUUACGCCGCACUAACAAAUGAGUCUCAAAUGUGGGUGCCUUACAAAGGCAAAUGUCUAUUGUGUGCCAUGCUACGUGCCCACUGAGGGUCAGCGAAGGCACUGCUCUGUGUCACUGUCACUCGGGUCCAGGUGACAGAGCAGCCUUGGUGUGAAACGUUACGGAGAGAGAAGAGCUCGACAGGGCUUGGCAUAUAAUCCUCCUGUAAGGAGAAGCUCUGGAAAGAGAGACACCAAGUAUAUGUGAACAUAGUGCAGUGUACUCAAGAAUGUAUAUAGCUUUUAAACCAUUGGGGAAAGAAAAAAAAAACAGUUGCCAUCGAGUUGACUCUGACAUGGCACCCCCACAUGUGUCAGAGUAGAACUGUGCUCCACAGGGUUUUCAAUGGCUGGUUUUCAGAAGUAGAUCACCAGGCUUUUCUUCCAAGGUACCUCUGGGUGCACUAGAGCCUCAAACUGUUCAGUUAGCAGUCGGGCACAUUAGCAGUGUGCACCACUCGGGAACUCCUUUAAACCAUUAGAUAGGGGAAAGAAAGAAUGCAAAUUCAAUCUAUUAAGAAAGGAAGGAAAAGUAUGGAAAGAGAAAAUGGUAAAUACAAAACACAAACUAAAAUAGUAAAAAGUAAUCCAAACUUACGAGCAGUCACGGUAACUGUGAACAAACUAAACUCAAAAACAAUGAUUAUCAGAUUGCAUGAUAAAAUUCAGGUAUAUGCUCCUGACAUGAGGAACACACCUAAAACGCCAUGGUAGGGAAAAGAUGGAAUAGAUACCAGAUCAAGAUUAAGCAAAAAAGAUGAUGCUAUAUUAAAUGUUGUCUUAGGCUGGGUUCUCUAGAGAAGCAAAGCCAGUGAAACGUGUAUAUAUAUAUGUAGAACGGGGAGGGGUGGGGAGAGAGAUUUAUCUCAAGGAAAUAACUCAUGUGGUUGUAGAGGCUGGAAAGUCCCAAGUCCUAAGACAAUACACUGUCAAAUGUAUAAAGACAGGAAAAAAAAAUUACAAGGAGGCAUUAACAAAUAAUCAUAGCAGAGAUAUGCAACACAUCGUCCCAAUAAUUGAUAAAAUAUGUAGGCUGACAAAGAAUAAAGAUACGUUAGAGACAAGCUUAAAUGAAUGUUGUUAGGUGCCCUCAAGUCUGUUCCAACUUGUAAUGACCCUAUGUAUGAGAGAUGGAGACACUGCCUAGCCCUGCCCCAUCCUCAUAAUCAUUGUUAUGCUUGAGCCCAUUGGGCCACUGUGUCAUUCCAUCUCAUUGAGGGCUUGCUCUUUUUUGCUGACCCUCUACCAAGACAGAUUUGUUUGUUCUCUUGACAGUCUAUGGUAUAUUCUGUAUUCUUUGCCAACAACAUAAUUCAAAAGCAUCAAUUCUUCUCUGGUCUUCCUUAAUCAGUGUCUAGCUUUCACAUGCAUAUGAGGCAAUUGAAAACACCAUGGCUUGGGUCAAACACAACUUAGUCCUUAAAGCAUCAUCUUUGCUUUUUAACUCUUUAAAGAGAUCUUUUGCAGCAGAUUUGCCCAAUCCAACACAUCGUUUGGUUUCUUGACUGCUGCUUCCAUGGGCAUUGAUUGUGGAUUCAAGUAAAAUGAAAUCCUUGACAACUUCAGUCUUUUCCCCAUUUAUCAUGAUGUUGCUUAUUAUUCUAAUUGUGAGGAUUUUUGUUUUUUUUAUGUUGAGGCAUAAUCCAUUCUGAAGGCUGUGGUCAUUGAUCUUCAUCAGUAAGUGCUUCAAGUCCUCUUCACUUUCAGCAAGCAAGUUUGUGUCAUCUGCAUAUCACGGGUCAUGAAUGAGUCUUCCUCCAAUCCUGAUGCUGCGUUCUUCUUCAUAUAGUCCAGCUUCUUGGAUUAUUUGCUCAGCGUACAGAUUGAGUAAUGUGGUGAAAGGAUGCAACCCUGGUACACACCUUUACUGACUUUAAACCAUGCAAUAUCCCCUUGUUCUGUUUGAAUGACUGCCUCUGGGUCCAUGUACAGGUUCCUCAUGAGCACAAUUAAGUGUUCUAGAAUUCCCAUUCUUCACAACGUUAUCAGUAAUUUGUUAUGACCCAUAGAGUUGAAUGCCUUUGCAUAGUCAAUAAAAUACAUGUAAACAUCUUUCUGGUAUUUUCUGCUCUCAGCCAGUAUCUAUCUGACAUCACCAAUGAUAUCCCUUGUUCUAAGUUCUCCUCUGAAUCCGGCUUGAAUUUCUGGCAGUUCCUUGUCAGUGUACUGCAGCAACUGCUUUUAAAUGAUCUUCAGCAAAAUUUUACUUGUGUGGUAUUAAUGAUAUCGUUCAGUAAUUUCCUCAUUCUGUUGGAUCACCUUUCUUUGGAAUGGGUAAAAGUAUGGAUUACUUCCAGUCAGUUAGCUGUCUUCCAGAUUUCUUGGCAUAAAUGAGCGAACACUUCCAGUACUGCAUCCAUUUGUUGAAACAUGUCAGUUGGAAUUCUGUCAACUCCUGGAGCCUUGUUUCUUGCCAAUGCCUUCAGUGAAGCUUGGACUUCUUCCUUCAGUAUCAUCGGUUCUUGAUCAUAUACUACCUCCUGAAAUGGUUGAAUAUCGACCAAUUCUUUUUGGUAUGGUGAUUCUGUGUAUUCCUUCCAUCUUCUUUUGAUGCCUCCUGUGUCCUCCAAUGCUUUGCCCAUAGAAUCCUUCAAAUUUGCAACUUGAGUCGAAUUUUUCCUUCAGUUCUUUCAGCUUGAGAAAUGCUGAGCGUGUUCUUCCCUUUGUGUUUUCUAAUUCCAGGUCUUUGCACAUGUCAUUAUAAUACUUUGUCUUCUUGAGCCUCCCUUUGAAAUCUUCUGUUCAGCUCUUUUACUUCAUCAUUUCUACCAUUUGCUUUAGCUACUCUACAUUCAAGAGCAGGUUUCAGAGUCUCUUCUGACAUCCAUUUUGGUCUUUCUAGUUUUUUCAAUGACCUUUUGUUUUCUUCUUGUAUGAUGUCCUUUGAUAUCAUCCCUCAACUCCUCUGGUCUUCUGUCAUUAGUGUUCCAUGAGUCAAAUGUAUUGUUGAGAUGGUCUCCCCAUUCAAGUGGGAUAUACUCAAGAUCAUAUUUUUGCUCUAGUGAACUUGUCUUAAUUUUCUUCAGUUUUAACUUGAACUUGCAUAUGAGCAAGUGAUGGUCUGUUCCACUCUUGCCCCCGGCCUUGUUUAGUUGAUUCUUGUGUUUUUCAUACAGUGAGGUCCACAUGAGAAGUCACCAUUUAUGUUCAUUGAAAAAAGGUCUUGCAAAAUUCUGUCAUGUGAUCUCAGGCAUGGUUUCCGUCACAAGACCAUAUUUUCCCACCACCGAUCCUUCUUUAUUUCCAACUUUUGCCUUUCGAUCUCUAAUAAUUAUCAAUUCAUCUUGAUUGCAUGUUUGAUCAGUUUCAGACUCAGAAGUUGGUAAAAGUCUUUAAUUUCCUCACCUUUGGAAUUGGUGGUUGGUUGUAAGUUUGAAUAAUAGUCACGUUAACUGGUCUUCCUUGUAGGUGUAUGGACAUUAUCUUAUCACUGACAGUGUUGUACUUCAGAAUAGAUUUUGAAAUGUUCUUUUUCAUGAUGAAUGCAAUGCCAUUCCUCUUCAAUUUGUCAUUCCCAGCAUAAUAAACCAUAUGAUUGUCUGAUUCAGAAUGGCCAAUAACAGUCCAUUUCAGCUCACUAAUGCCUAGGAUAUAGGUCUUUAUGUGUUCCAUUUCAUUUUUGGCGACUUCCAAUUUUCCUAGAUUCAGACUUCAUACAUUCCGUGUUCUGAUUAUUAAUGGAUGUUUGCAGCUAUUUCCUUAGUGAAUCUAAAAGACUAGAAGAUACACCAAGUAUAUUCUCAGAUCACAGUGGAGUUAAAUUUGAAAUCAGUAACAGAACGAUAGCUGGAAAAUCCCCACAUAUUUGAAAAUUGUUUGGAACAACAUACUUCUAAAUAACCUAUGGCUUAAUGAAGAAGUCUCAAGAGAAACUAGAAAAUCUUUUGAACUAGAUGAAAAUGAAAAUAAAACUUACUAAAAUUUGUGCCCAAGAAGGACCCCCUCAUCCCUGCUGUACCUCUUCUCUGUCAAGGCAGCAAAUGUUUUACUGGAGUAAUUGACCACUGAAUUAACUCCAAAAUAUAUUUAGAACCUUUGCAUUUACAAACCCAUUCUGUAAUUAAAAACAAAAAAAUUGAAGCUUUUUCCAUUGUUCAAAUGCGUCAAUUUAAACUUGCUGAGCUAUUUUGUUAUGUGUGUUUUUUUCUGUCUAGACAAAAACUGGGAGGGGCAGCAAAUGUUUCAUCUGUUUUUAUAAAUGUCAUACUAGGAUUGAAGAACCCUUGUUGUUGUCGUGUGCCGUCAAAUCGAUUCCGACUCUUAGCGACCCUGUAGGACAGAGUAGAACUGCCCCAUAGGGUUUCCAAGGCUGUAAUCUUAAUAGAAGCAGACUGCCACAUCUUUCUCCUGAGGAGCAGGGAGUGUGUUUGAACCACCAACCCUUCGGUUAGCAGCCAAGCAAUUAACCAUUGCACCACCAGAGCUCCUUGAAGAACCAUUAAAUAUGUGAAUGUCAACACGUUCCAUGUCCUUAAUGCCAAUCUCUGAAAAUAAUUUGCAACAUUUUGAAAAUUGAGAAAUGAAAAUUUCUAAGUCUAGAAAUGAAUUUCCUUAGCAUUACAAGAAAAAGAUUUUAGAGUUGGCCUUUUUUUGUUCAAUUGGCUAAAUUUUUCUACCACAAAGAAGUUUUUUUUUUCUUCCUUCCAAGUUUAAAGUGUAAACUUUGAGCCAUUCUGGUAUCAUCCAAAUUAAGAAUGUGUUUGUACUUGCGGAACCAGUAAAUGUAGUAAGGAAUGAGUAAAGAUACUGAGUGGGUUAGCUCACUCCUUCUUCAGAGAUGUCUCCACACAUAGGGCUGCUCCCCUCUAACCUGUGUUUCCUUCUGGGGAAGGUUGGAGGCCUUCCUCCUUUGGCCCCAAAUCUCAUCAGUGUUCAGGAGAGAUAGGUACUGACUUCGUUCAGGAAAACUCAAAACAUAUGACAGCUGGUCUGGCGAGAAGAAGGAACAUUUUAAAGAUGGUUGUGAGGAGGCGGGGCCAAGAUGCAGAAGUAGUCAGACACUUCCUGUGGUCCCUCUUACAACAGAGACCCGAAAAAAUAAGCAAAUCGAUUAUAUAUGACAAUCUAGGAGCCCUGAACAUCAAAGACAAAGUUGAGUAGGACUGAGCGGCAGGGGGAGGGAGAGAUGGUUCAGAAGCCACAAGGAGUUGCUGGUCCUGAUCUGUCCGGCACCAGUACCCUUCAGGCUGGAUCGGCUGGCACAUGUGGGCUGAGGCAGGCAGUGGUGCUCAGGAUGUGUUUUCCACAUUGGGAGAGACUGAGCAGUGGAGAGUCUGCACAAACCUCUAGAACCAGGGUGAAAUGGCACUCAAUCACCAAAAGAUGAGUACAAGCGUCCAACUUACUGUGCGGAUCAAAAAUUCCCCCCUUUGGGAGAUACCUCUCUACCGUUUACCUGCCCUGUCCCUGUUCUGCUCAGGGUCCCAGUCUGGCUUCAGUGAUUGCUGUGCCCCUUGGGCCAGAAGUACGAUCUGUCGAUCUGUCGUGUGCUCUGAGCUGUUCUCCCAGCUUUGGAGAGGGACAAAUUAACAAACAGGAAACAAUAAUCUGCCAGCUCCCCUAAGCUGGAAACUCAGGGCAGGCACAGGCCCUUUGCCUAGGCACAGGCAUAAGGGGUCCACAGACAUUGAAUGCCUUCUACCCCUGCAUAGACCUGUGUGGACCCAUUUCAGCAGCAUAGGCCCUCAUUAGCACAGUACAACAGGGUAUAUAACUGAAGUCUAACAGCUAUAUGGUGGAGUGACAAACUCAUGACAUUUGAUACCACCAUGCCCAUUAAGCAGGGUUCUCACCUACCCACAUUAGAGGCCUGAGGACUGGUGGCUCACUCAGUCUACCUAGUCACCUGUGACAGGGGUCCAAGAAUAAGUGGUGCCUCCUAGCCCUUACAGCCAACAGCAUUGGGUGCCCAUAGUCUGGCGGCAAAACCCACCCACUUAGGGAACAGGGACACACCUUCCACCCAGACACUCAGGGGCAGCCAUCAGCCCCCUGCCUUGCUCAGCACAUGACCCCCAGUACAGCCAGAUACCUGUGCGUACUCCAGCACCCAUGCCUGUCUAGGACUGUAGUGAGAGCCUGCACCACACACUUGGCAACUGACUACCUGGACACCUGAGCUGAAUCCAUACAAGAAAAGUAAGUGGACUCCUGGGCUCACAUACCUGGUAACAGCUCUAGCCACCUGGUGACAGGACAUGAGAGCUUCAAAGAUGCCAAUAACCAAACUAGCUAACAUGACCAGCCUAUUUGGGCAUAUCAAAACAAAACAAAACAAACUAGGACACAGCUAAUAUAAAAUAAAUAUAAUAACUCAUUGACGGCUUGGAGACGAUAGUCAAUAUCAAAUCACAUAAAGAGGCAGACCAUGAUGGCUUCAGCAAUGGACCAAACAAGAAACCUUCUGAAGGAAGAUAAUUUUUGGAAUUACCAGAGGUAAAAUUCAGAAGAUAAACAUAUAGAGCUCUUCAAGAGAUCAGGCAAAAUGAAGAACAAGCCAAGGAACACACAGACAAAGCAAGAGAGGAACUUAAAAAGGUUAUACAAGAGCAUAAUGACAAAUUUAACAGGCUGCAAGAAUCCAUAGAGAGACAGCAAACAAAGUCAUGGGAGCAGAAUUGAGGCAAUGGAAGUCAGAAUUAGUGAGAUUGAAGAUAAAGCACUUGACACCAACUUAUUUAAGGAAAAAUCAGAUAAAAGAAUUUUAAAAAAUGAAAAAACCCUAAGAGUUAUGUUGGACUCUAUCAAGAGGAAUAACCUGCAAGUGAUUGGGGUACCAGAACAGGGAGGAUAACAGAAAAUACAGAGAUAAUUUUUGAAGAUUUGUUGGCAGAAAAUUUCCCUGUUAUCCUGAAAGAUGAGACAAUAUCUAUCCAAGAAGCUCAUCAAAUCCCUCACGGGUAAAUCCCAAAAGAAAGUCGCCAAGACAUAAUCAAACUUGCCAAAAGCAGAGAUGAAGAGAGACUUUUAAGAGUGGCUAGGAAUAAACAAAAAGCCAUCUACAAAGGAGAGUCAAUAGGACUAAGCUCUGACUACUCAGGAGAAACCACACAGGCAAGAAGGCAACGGGAUGACAUAUAUGAAGCCUUGAAAGAAAAAAUUGCCAGCCAAGAAUUUUUAUAUACCCAACAAAACUCUCUCUCAAAUUUGAUGGUGAAAUUAGGGCAUUUCCAGAUAAACAGAAGUUUAGGGAAUUUAUAAAAACCAAACCAAAAUUACAAGAAAUACUAAAGGGAGUCCUCUGGUUAGAAAAUCUAAAACUAACUCAAAAUGGAUCAAAGACCUAAAUAUAAAAUCUAAAAUAAUAAAAAUCAUGGAAGAAAAAAUAGGGACAAUGCUAGGAGCCCUAAUAAUGGCAUAAACAGAAUACAAAACAUAACUAACAAUGCACAAACACCAGAAGAGAAACCAGAUAGCUGGGAGUUCCUAAAAAUCAAACACUUAUCCUCAUCCAAAGACUUCAUCAAAAGAAUAAAAAGACAACCUACAGACUAGGAAAGAAGUUUUGGCUAGGACAUACCUGAUCAGGGUCUAAUCUCUAAAAUCUACAAGAUACUGCAAAACUUCAACCACAGAAAGACAACCCAAUUAAAAAAUGGGCAAAUGAUAUGAACAGGCACUUCACCAAAGAAGACAUUCAGGUGGCUAACUGAUACAUGAGGAAAUUGCUCACAAUCACUAGCCAUUAGAGAAAUGCAAAUCAAAACUACAAUGAGAUACCGUCUCAUCCCAACAAGGCUGGCAUUAAUCCAAAAGAACACAAAAUAAUAAAUGUUGGAGAGGUUGUGGAGAGACUGGAACAGUUAUACACUGCUGGUGGGAAUGUCAAAUGGUACAACCACUUUGGAAAUUGAUUUGGCACUUCCUUAAAAAGCUAGAAAUAGAACUACCAUACGAUCCAACAAUCCCACUCCUUGGAAUAUACCCUAGAGAAAUAAAAGCCUUUACAUGAAUAGAUAUAUGCACUCCCAUGUUCACUGCAGCACUGUUCACAGUAGCAAAAAGAUGGAAGCAACCAAGGUGCCCAUCAACAUACUACUGGGUAAACAAAUUAUGGUAUACUCACACAAUGGAAUACUAAGCAAUGAUAAAGAAUGAUGACAAAUCUGAGAAACAUCUCACAACAUGGAUGAAUCUGGAUGGCAUUAUGCUGAGUAAAAUUACUCAUUCACAAAAGGACAAAUAUUGUAUAGGACCACUAUCAUAGGAACUCAAGAAAAGGUUUAAACACAGAAGAAAACAUUCUUUAAUGGUUAUGAUGGUGGGGAGGGAGGGUGAGGGGAAUUCAGUAACUAGAUUGUAGACAAGAAUUAUCUUAGGUGAAGGGAAGGACAACACACAGUAUGGGGGAAGUCAGCACAACUGGACUAAACCAAAAGCUAAGAAGCUUCCUGAACACAACCAAACACUUUGAGGGACAGAGUAGCAGGGGCAGGAGAAUGAGGACCAUGGUUUCGGGGAACAUCUAGGUCAAUUGGCAUAACAAAGUUUAUUAAGAAAAUGUUCUGCCUCCGACUUUGGUGAGUGGCAUCUAGGGUCUUAAAAGCUAGCAAGCGGCCAUCUUAAGAUGCAUCAAUUGGUCCCAAACCACCUGGAGCAAAGGAGACUAAAGAACACCAAAGAUGCAAGGAAAAUAUUAGCCCAAGAGGCAAAAGGGGCCACAUAAACCAGAGACUCCAUCAGUCUGAGACCAGAAGAACUAGAUGGUGCCUGGCUACCACCAGUGACUGCCCUGACAGGUAACACAACAGGAAGUCCCUGACGGAGCAGAAGAAAAAUGGGGUGCAGAACUCAAAUUCUAGUAAAAAGACUAGACUUAAUGAUCUGACUGAGACUGGAGGAACCCCAGAAGUCAUGGCCCCCAGCUCUCUGUUAACCCAGAAUUAAACCAUCCCAAAGCCAACUCUUCAAAAGAUUAGGCUGGACCACAGGCAUCAAAUAGCACUUGUGAAGAGUGUCCUUAGUUCAAGUAGAUACGCAAGACUAAAUGGGCAGCUCCUGGGCAGAGGCAAGAGGGGACAGAGAGGAGCUGGUCGAAUGAACUCAGGAAAUCCGGAGUGGGGAGGGGGAGUGUGCUGUCACAUUAUAGGGAGAGCAACUGUAACAAUGUGUGUAUACAUUUUUGUCUGAGAAACUAACUUGAACUGUAAACUUUCACUUAAAGCACAGUAAAAUAAAUAAAAAUAUUAUUAAAAAAAUAAAAGUUGCAUCUGAGCCCCAGUAAAUCACUAGAUUUCAGCUGCUUUGAAAAGAAGUUAAAUCUCUUUGUUUCGUGCACUCCUGGCAGCUGUUUUCCCCUUUGCUUUAAAAAAAGUUUUUUUUAAACAGCAUGAGAAACAAAUGCAGAAAACAUUAUUUAGGCAUUCGCCUUGAUCUUAUCAACAGUUGUCAGAUAAAGGCCUUCCCAAAAGUUUCAGGCAGCGUCUUUGUUUACUCAAAUCUCCUGUUUCCUCUGGUUUUGUGAGUGCCACAUCAGCUAAAAUGAAGACAUUCCUACGAGCUGCCUUGAUUCUCAGCUUGUCAGGCUACGUUCAUGCGUGAGGUUCGCGGUGGGUUCUUAUUUUCUUUGGGGGCAGGACAGCCCACCUCAGUCAAAUCCGUCUGUCGAAGUUCCAUGGCGCCCCAGGGUCCACCAAGUGGGGUGGAAUGAGGCUACCGUGUCCUCUGGGCCCUGGGGGGCGCUCUAACGCCAAGUCAGAGCUCCUAACUGGUCUGAAUAACGCCUGGAGGCCCGGCCUGGUCUCCAUUCUAGCUGGAAGCACGGGGGAAACAUGCUGGUUUCUAAACCGCUAGUCAAGAGUCAUCCCUGCUUUCCCUUCCCACCCCUCUCCCAGUUCGCAUUCCCUGUUGCCCCACAAAGCACCUGGAGGAAAUCCAGCUUGUUGAAGUGGUUAAAUAAACCAGAGGCUUGUGACUCACCACAGGAUGAGUGUCUGGGAAGACGGAGUGGGCUGGGGCGCCAAGCCCAUGAUGGUGAUUCUUCCUUCUGGGAGCCCUGAGUCAGAGAGGGAAACAGGAGCUGCGACGCUUCUUAGGGACUAAAACUGCGUAGGAGUGUGUGAGUGUGUGUGUAAGAGGGGGGGAGGGUGUGUGUGUGUGUGUGAGUGUAUGAGUAAGAGGGAGGGAGGGUGAGUAAGAGGGAGGGAGGGUGUGUAAGAGGGAGAGUCUGUGUGUGAAUGUGUGUGUGUGCAUCUGUGCAUGUGUGGUUGUGAGAGUGUGUGCAUGUGUGUGAUAGUCUGUGAGUGUGUGUCUGCAUGUGUGUGAUUGUGUGUGUCUGUGUGCAUGUGUGUUUAUGUGAUAGUCUGUGAGGUCUGCAUGUGAUUGUCAUGUAGGAGUGUGUGUGUGUGCAUGUGUGUGAGAGUGUAUGAGAGUGUGAGUGUGAGGGCUGUGUGUGAUUGUCAUGUAGGAGUGUGUGUGCAUGUGUGUGAGUAUGAGAGUGUGAGUGUGAGGGCUGUGUGUGAUUGUGUAGGAGUGUGUGUGAGAGUUUGUGUGGACAGUCUGUGAGUGUGAAUGUGUGAGUCUGUGUGUGUGUGUGUGAGGCCUGUGUGUGAUUGUUGUAUAGGAGUGUGUGUCUGUGGACAGUCUGAGUGUGAAUGUGUGAGUCUGUGUGUGUGUGUGUGAGGCCUGUGUGUGAUUGUUGUGUAGGAGUGUGUGAGUCUGUGUGGACAGCGUGUGUGUGUGUGUGAAUGUGAGUCUCUGUGUGUGUGUGUGUGUGUGUGUGUGUGAGGCCUGCAUGUGAUUGUUGUAUAGGAGUGUGUGAGUCUGUGUGGACAGUCUGUGUGAGUGUGAAUGUGUGAGAGUCUGUGUGGACAGCCUGUGUGUGUGUGUGUGUGUGUGAGGCCUGUGUGUGAUUGUUGUGUAGGAGUGUGUGUGAGAGUCUGUGUGGACAGCCUGUGUGUAUGAGUGUGAAUGUGUGAGUCUGUGUGUGUGUGUGAGGCCUGCGUGUGAUUGUUGUAUAGGAGUGUGUGUGAAAGUCUUUAUGGACAGUCUGUGUGAGUGUGAAUUGCGUGAGUGCAAGUGCACACACAUGUGUCUUUCCUCUCCCCUCCCCCUCCCCCUUCCCCAAAUUUGCUUCCUCCAAUAAGGGCUCUGAAACAAGGCUUUUUCAGCCAGGGCCGACUGACGUCAGCUCCAUGAAAUCAGCUGUCAUCUUGGCCCCAUCAACCACCUUCCACCCUCACCCCACCCAAACCCCUGCCGCCUCUGCCGGCCUGGUCUGAGUGGGUUGUGAGACCACAAAGCCUUCUUUUUCAAUGUACCACACCUGUUUGCUUAUUUGGGGGUUAUUCCGUGUUAAUUCAGGGAUGUUUAUAAAGGUCGCAUGUUCUAUUUUCAGUCAGGUGAAGCUGGGCUCUGGGUUUUGCCCGGUUCAUGAGGAGAAAUAAAAUCCCACACAGCAACAGGACAUCUCACUGUUUUUCUGCUGUUUCUUCUCCCCUGGGGCAAGAUGCGUAGGUGGGCACACCACGAGAAGAUGGGCAGUGACUAGAAGUCCAGGCACCUACAACAGGAGAGAAGUGCUGAGGCAAAGGCCUUAAGGAAUCUGCUAUCAUUUACUCCUCAGGAGACUCCCGUGGAUGAGGUACUAUUUUACAGUCUAGAAGAAUCGCACCUCAGAGACAUCAGGAAUUUGACCCCACACAGCUGGAAAAUGCGCAGCCAGGGUUCUGAGCUCCUUCUGUCUGAUUCUAGCCUGUCCUUCAUCCUCAAUAUCUUGUGUGGCCUGAAACAUUUUGUAAAGGUAUUAAGAAAACAAAACUUUAUAUUUUUAGUAUAUGUUACAGAAAAGUAAUCUUUAGAGCUGGGGUGGAGCCUGUAGGUUACCCAGCAAAGUAGCCUUGGAAAAUGGAAGCAAUUAUGUGAAGAGUUUGACCUUGAGUCCUAACCUUGCUGGGGUUAGCUGCCACUCAGCAGGAAAGCAGCCCCUUGUUUCCAGGCAAAUACACGGAGAUGUUGUGGUUGUCAGAAAUACACUUUAUUUUGUCCAAAGCCUUUAAUUUCUCUUUUGCCCUAAAUCACAGGGGUCCCUAGGCGAUGCAAACAGUUAAGCCCUCAGAUACUACCCAAAAGGCUGGCGGUUCAAACCCACCCAGAUGCACCUCAAGAGAAAGACCUGGCAAUCUGCUUCGGAAAGGUCACAGCCAUGAAAACCCUACGGAGUGCAGUUCGACUCUGGACACACAGGGUUGCCAUGAGUCGGAAUUGAUGGCAACUGGUUUUUAUUGCCCUAAAUCAGUGGUUUUUAACUGGAGGCAAUUUUGCCAAAUGGAACAUUUGGCAAUGUUGGAGAUACUUUGUCACAGCUGGGGAGGGGAGAGACUACUGCCCUCUAGGGGUGGAGGCCAAGGAUGCUGCUGAGUAUCCUGCAAGGAACAGGACCACCCUGUGACAGAGAAUUACCUGGCCCAAAAUGUCAGCAGUGCUGAGGUUAAGAAACCCUGCCAUAAAAAACAAUAACAACAAUCAAAGAUGAAACAAUAGCAUUUCCCUCUUCCGCUCUGGGAUUCCUAAAAAAUAGCAUAGGAUGGGGUCUCCUCUCGCAGACUGACACGUGCCGUGGUGGUCUCCAGCCAGCUGGGGGCACUGAGCCUUUAUCCCCCUUUGUCAGUUGACUUGGGAGGGGCAACCCUCAGCAAGGACUGACAGAACAGAACUCCCGGCCCCUCAAAAGAGCCACCCUCCCCGCCUCUCUCUGCCUGUAGUUAUCGAAGACUGAGGUUGCCCCCGACUGGGGCUGCAGCAGGCCUGGAAUUCAUUUCCCAUGAACUGAACCCCCGCAUCUGUAACCUCCUCUGCAAGCUACUUGACUCCAUUCUGUUCUGGUACCAUUUCUUACUGACAGUCAUCAGGGAUUGUGGAAGUUGAGUGGUGCCUUUUUCUAGCUCCCAGGAUGAUGGAGAAUUUGCCCAUUAUCCUGUUAGGUCUCUUUGUGGGGAUUUGGUAGAGUAAUGGUUAUAAAAAAUACUAAAGUUUGGGAUGUCGUCUAGAACCAGAAGCUUUUAUGGAAGGUCCCUGAUGGAAGUCAUCUGUCAUCACCAAACAGUAAAAGCAGAGAGGAGGGAUUGUGUGUGACUGAACUUGAUAUCUAGGCUUCUGACUAUUGCUUCAUUUUAUGAUAAAGCCCACAGCCAAUUGGAGAGCCUACCUUAUUAGCUAGGGCUUUGAACCAGUUCAUUCCAGUUUGAACCCUUGCUGAGAAUCUGCAUCUCCACCCCAGAUAAACUGAAUCAGGACCUACAGUUUACCAAGAUCCCCAGGUGAUUCCUUUAUGUAUAAUACAUUUUGAGAACCACCGCUCUGCUAGUGUUUGUCAGACUUGGUGCCUAACCAGCAGCAUUACCCAGGAACCUGUUCAAAAUGCAAAUUCUUAGCAGGGGUUCGAACUGGAACAAACCAUUGGAAGCCCUGUUGUUAGCCCAUUCUCAGAUCAUCAGCAAUUUACAUGGCACUCCAGUGUUCCAGCGACGCCCUUAGCUAAUUAUCCAAAGCUGGCCUUCAGCUAGGAGAGCAGAUUGGCCUGUGUCUGAACUCAGCUGCAGGAAGUCAAAGGCAUGCCUCUGAAAAGUGCCUUGAUGACAUAAAUACUUCUGUGGGGUUCUCGAUCUUUGCUAAGUGUUCCUGUAAAUGCUAGUUUCAGUUCUGUUUUAAACAGGACAGUCCAUCAGGGAUUCGUAUAAUUAGUGCAGCAUGACCUCCCUCUAGCCCAGCACAGUUGAUUUUGGAUAACUAUUAGGUCUGUUGCUCACCACUAAAAUACAGCCACUUCCUCAGCUAGUUUUACUUCCAAGACUUUUCAGUAAACUACGUUUACUUAAAAAGUAAAGAUGUAACUUGGAGGACUAAGGUGUGCUGGACUCAAGUCAUGGUUUUUUCAGUUGCCUCAUGUGCGUGUGAAAGUUGGACAAUGAAUAAGAAAGACCAAAGAAGAAUUGAUGCCUUUGAAUUACGGUGUUGGUGAAGAACACUGAAUAUACCAUGGACUGCAAGAAAAACGAACAAGUCUGUCUCAGAAGAAGCACAACCAGAAUGCUCAUUAACAGUGAGGGUGGUGGGGCUUCAUCUCACAUAUUUAGGACAUGGUAUCAGGAGGGAUCGGUCCCUAGAGAAGGACAUCAUGCCUGGUAAAGUGAAGGUCAGCGAAAAAGAGGAAGGCCCUCAACGAGAUGGAUUGACACAUUGGCUGCCGCAGUGGGCUCAAACACAGCAACGAUUGUGAGGAUGGUGGACCAGGCAGGGUUUCAUUCUGUGGUACAUAGGCUCACUGUGAGUUGGAACUGCCUCAACCGCGCCUAACAACAACAUGUUGUUGUUCAUUUUAAAGGAAGAGACCAAGCCGUGUGACCUGACAAAAGGCUCAGUAUUAUUAAGACGGUCAGUUUUUUCCUAAAGUGAGUAAUAAAUCAAAUGCAAUGUAAUCAAAGUCCCAGUGACACAUUUUGAAACUUUAUAAAAAUACACUAAAAUUGAUCUGUAAAAGGUGAACAAAUGUAUUCAAGGAAAUAUUAUUUUUUAAAGGAGACAUUGGCACUCAAAUGCGGCAAUUAUAUCAAAUGUAUCAGGAAUCAAACAUUGUGAUGCUGGUGUGCACGUGUGCGCGUGCGCGCGCACACACACACGACAAAAAGCAUAGAAAACCCAGAAUCAAAUGUUUUGUGCAUGAUAGCAAUGAUAGCUGAAAUGGGUGGUAAAAAGAUGGAUGAUUCAAUAAAGAGUUGUUCCCUACUUAAGUAUAAAAUAAUCAGAGCAAAUGUGUUAAAGAUUUGAAGAUACGGAUUAACCCCUGGUGAACGUGCCAAGAAUAACGGCUCAGACACUGCUGAUGGGAGUCUUAAUCGAUAGCAUUUUCUGAAAGGCAAUGGACAACCUAAACAAAAAAAAUGCAUUUUUUAAAAUGCAGCAAUGCCACUUUGAAGAUCAUCCAAACAGAAGGAGAGAGAUGUGCACAUAUUUAUAAGCAAGGAAUGGUCAUUUCAUACUAUUUGUUAUAGCAGGAAAAUUUGCCCAUAAUUUAAAUGUUCAACAACAGGGAGUCAGCGAAACAGAUUUUGUUAGCCUCUGCGAUGGAAUAAUACACAGCCAUUUGAGACUGAUGAAGUGCGAAAUGAUUCACGAGAGGGUUGCCGUGGCGGUCUCUGGGGUGGUAAUACGUGCGAUUUCUAUUUUCUUUUUAUUAUUGCGAUGAAAAUAUACACAAGAAAACACUCACCAAGUCAGCCACUUCUACGCAUGUAACUCAGGGCCAUUGAUUACAUCCUCCGUGUGGUGCCGCCUUCGUCGUCUCCUUUUCCAGCGGAUAUAUCCACCACCGUUCACGGAAACUCGGUGCCCCCUCAGCAAAUCCAUUUUCUUUUUUGUGCUGUUCUGUGCUUUUGAAAUAGUGCACAGUGAACAUUCAUUCAUUGUCUCUAUAAUCAGAAAAGUAGUCUUUUUAGGGUAGAAAAAGAACCAUAUUUGGAGGUAGAUAAAGGAUUAAGUUAUCGAGGCAGAAAAAGAAAGCUAGUGAAGAAAUUUCCGAAAUGAAGGACACAGUUCAUCACUUUUAUAGGUGAAGAUAACUUCGAAUUUGUGUGCAUGUGCUUUUUUUUUUUUUUUUUUUAAAUAAAGUUAAAAGGAAACAAAUUCCUUCUUAGUUGAGCACGUGAAAGGUCUUGGCUGCCAGAGAAACCAGCCAUUUGCCAAGGUGCAGGCCACCACAGCCCACUGAGGACAUGAGGCUUGCUUAAGGUAAACGCCCAGAACGCGUGUGUUACAAAAGCCUGUCUCUUCAGACAGGGAUAAGAACAAAGGGAAACAACCAGUCUCGUAGGCGGUAGCCUUGAGAGUAAUCAUUCUGUAUCUUUGUUGUGUUUUGAUGUAAUACAUCUGCCAUAAAUAAUCUGUGGAAAAACAAGCCUAUCAGGAACAAGGGGAGAAGAAGCCAGCUUAGACGUCGUAUUUGGGGACAGCGCCAGUUAUGUGUACCCACCAUUUCUUUUCCUUUUGUCCCCCCUUCUUCUUGGCUUUUUAUUUGGAAAUAAUUCCAGACUUAAAUAAUUGUUGUUUUGUUGUGUGCCAUUGAGUCAAUUCCAACUCAUCUGAACCCAGUAUUCUACUCCGUCUUAUAAGACAGAGUAGAACGGCACCAUUGGAUUUCCAAGGAGCGGCUGAUAGAUUUGAACUGCUGACCUUUGGUUAGCAGCUGCAGCUCUUAACCACUGCACCGUCAGGGCUCCAAGACUUACAAUACACAUGCAAAAAUAGUUUAAAAUGUUUAGUGUACUCUCCCUCCAGCUUCUUCAAAUGUUAAUAUCUAAAAUAACCAUAGUACAAUCAUCAACUUCAGGAUAUUAACAUAGAUAUAAUACCGUUAACUAACCUAUAGACCUUAUUCAGAUAUCACCAACUGCCCUACAAAUGUCCUGUUUCUGGUCAAGGAUCCAAUCCACGAUCCCACAUUUCACUCAGUCAUCAAACUCCCUAGUUUCCUCCUAUCUGGGAAAGUGCCUUAAUCUUUCUUUGUCUUUCGUGACCUUGACACAAAGGAAGAAUUUGUGGAUGAUUUGGAUUUCUCUGAUGUUUUCUCGCCAUGAGAUUGAGGUUACACAUUUUUUCCAAGGACACCACGGAAGCAAUGCUGUGCCAUUCUCAACACAUCUUUUCAGAGGUACACAAGGUCAGUACAUCUUAUUACCAGUGAUGGUAACUUCGGUUACUGGUUAAUGAGGUGUCCACCAGAUUUCUUCACUGUGAAGUUACUAUUUUUCCCUCUGUAAUUAACAAGUACUAUGUGCCAUGCCGGAAACCCUGAUGGCAUAGUAGUUAAGAAUUUGGCUGCUAACCAAAAGGUCAGCAGUUCAAAUCCACCAGAUGCUCCUUGGAAAGCUUAUAGGGUAGUUCUGCUCUGUCCCUUAGGGUCGCUGUGAGUUGAAAUCAACUCGACAACAAUGGGUAUAUAUUCUGCCACAACCUUUCUGUCAGUCUGUCAUACUGUAGUGGCUUGUGUGUUGCUGUGAUGCUGGAUGCCAUGCCACCAAUAUUUCAAAUGCCAGCGGGGUCACCUGUGGUGAACAAGUCUCAGUGGAGCUUCCAGAUUAAACAAACUAGGAAGAACGGUCUGGCGAUCUACUUUCAAAAAUUAGCCAGUGAAAACUCUGUGGACCACAACAGAACGCCGUCUGAAAUAGUGCUGGAAGAUGAGCCCCCUACAUUGGAAGACACACAAAAUAUGCAGUGGCUGCAAAAAUAAUGGACUCAAGCACAUCAGUGAUCAUGAAGAUGGCACAUGACCCGGCAGCAUUUUGUUCCAUCGUGCAUGGAGUCGCCAUGAGUCGGAGUUCACUCAGCGGCAGCUAACAGCAAUAACAUGUAUUAUGCAGUAUGGGAAUAACCUGUUUCUCAGCAAACUUUCACUCACUAAUUUUAGCACGCGUUAAUGAUCCUUGCCUGCAGCCAAAUAAUGACGUCCUAUUCCCAUAAUUUCCUUCUAGAUUUAUUAGCUGGAAUUCUACCGUAAAGAAGAGCUAUCCUUUUGCUCCUAUUUAUUUAUUGAAGUAUUUAUUUGUACUAGUAUGGACUCACGGGUAUUUAUUUUCCUUUAUGAGUUGUAAUCCACUAUUUUCAUGGAUUAUAACCCAUUACUACCCUGGGUAGUUCCGCCAUUCAUCCCAGACUUAGUCAGUGUGAGAUCCUUCCUAAUUGGCUCUCUUUUUGGCAUGAUCCAAAAGUUUGGCACGACCCACACAAAAGUUUCCUGGCUCCUCUUGUACUUCCCAUGUCCCAGCCCUGGUGUCAGCUAUUUCUCCAAGGAACCCUGGUUCCUUUAACUGGAGAGUGUUACGUAGAAACCAAGAUACAGGCACCAGGUGUGCUCACUGCUACUGGGGUGUCACUGCUUCUCAGUUAUCUGUAACAGGGUUGGGUUCACUUGUCACUGUUUGUAUUCUAUUUUGGGUUCCCCCCACAUCCUGUGUGUGAAAAAAGAUGAGCUGUUCACAGGUUCCUUUCCUGUGUUUUACCUCUACCCACUGGAAGCCAGAUUGCUUCUAAGUACCUCCUUAGCCAUCUUUUUUUCCUUUCUUGCAAUACACGUUACUGUAUGUCAAGAGCACGGAAUAAGUCUGACUAAUCUGAAAAUGGCUCCUAAGGGAGCUGCAUGGGGGUUUCGCUCUUAGAGCCGGCUGGCUGGCCUCGUCGGUUGAUCUCAGGUCAAGUUUUGAGAGCCCAGCAAACGGCUCAUUUACCUUUAUGCUUGUAGUUUAGCUCUUAGGAAGGAAAAAAAAUUAGUAAUGCUGAUGAGAAAAUCAUGAGUCAGUUAAGGAAUUUCAAAUAACACUUCAGCCUUAGUUUUUCCCCGGAUUUGUUUCCAGUCACCUGAAUGAAAUACUGUAAACUUCUGGACUGGGAAGGAGAUUUUCUGUUGAAGUAUGUGGAUAGGUAUCCCUGUCCAUAUAUGCAUUAUGUUGUGUAUGGAGUUGUUUUUAAUCAGCAAAAGUUUUGUUUUUCCCCUGUGCUUAAGUGAGGCUGUCCACAGCUAGAAAGGGUGUGAGAAAAUAAGCAUUCUCAAACACUGUUGGAGGGAAUAUACAUCAUUUCAAAAUUUUCGAAAGAAAUUUUGCAGUACAUUUCAUGAGACUGAAAAAUGUUUGUAUCCUUUUACUCAUUAAUUUUCUCUCUGGGAAUCUAUUCUAAGGACUAAACCAAAAUAUGUAAAAUAUUAGGCAGGGUUUUAUUUCAACAAUUUUAUAAUAGUAAACUUGCAAAAAAUUCUGAAAUAUUCAAUCAUUUAAAAAAAAAAAAUCAAACCUGUUGCCAUCGAGUUGAUUCAGACUGAUAGAGAGCCUAUAAGAAAGAGAACUGCCCCCAUAGGUUUUCCAAGGAGUGGCUACUGGAUUCCAAAAGCCAACCUUUUGGUUAGCAGCCCUAGCUCUUAAACCCAGUGCCACCAGGGCUCCACAUUCAGUCAUAGGAAAAGUUAAAAAUUAUUGCAGAUAUAUGCGAUAACAAUACUGUAGAGCCACUAAGCAGCUUUCCAAUAAAUUAUAUAGAAACUGCUUAUGAUGUAAUAUUAAGUUUACAAAAGGAGAUUUGUCCAAAAUGAUCAUAUCAAGUCCUGCACUGAGCCUAACUCCAUGAACCAGAGAACUACUGAAGCCAGACCACUAUACCCUUCUGCACUGGCUCUGGUGGUGACGGCGGUGUCUUGUGAGGUUGAGAAGACCAUAGUGUGGGGGAAACACAAUGAUUAGGCCAAUAGGGCGUGACCAUAUGGAUCAGGGUCCAGCCUCAGGUCAUAAAUCAGAAAAGAGUAGACUGUCCAUUGUAGGGACCGAGCCUGAGACUCUGACUUCAUUUCCAUGGAGACUUCACGAAGCAGACCAUGGCCCCCCAGAAGGUCACUCCAGUUUCCUAGAGACUUACUUGCUGUUCCAUAAAUGCUGUAUCAUGACCUUUGGGUUUCCUGCCAUGUAGCUUCCAGGGGAUUUAGGUGGGAGGAGACCAGACUAAGUGAUCCUUGCUGGAAAUUUGGGGCUACUGCCCUCCCCAAGGCCAAGACCAUUGACUCAUGUUCCCACAGGCCAUCUUUUCCUUGGCUGGAGGGAACUGCUGCUGGCUAGUUGCCUUAGCUGUGGGUGGGAAAAUUGCAUUUCCAGGACAUAGAAUACUCAGUACUGUUCAUUAUAUACCCUCUCUAACCACAAUGAAAAGGCAAAAAUCAUCUAGGGAGCUAGAGUUUCCAACCGUGGGCGCACACCCAACCUCUUGCCUCUGUUUCUUCCUGUUCUCCUGAGAGAACAGCUGCUUUGUGGCCAAGUGGCAAAAAGGUGUCAUGUCAGAGAGGCCUGGGGCAGGGGCUGCUCCCUGCCUCCAAUCUCCCCAGUGUUGGGCUGCCGGAAGUUCUGCUCUCUAUGCUGAAUUAACUCUCUCUGCAGAGGAGGUACUUUUACAGUUAAAAAAUCUUCAAUCUGUGGUUUCAGAUGGCAAUUAAAGCCCAUAAAGUGAAUUUUUCUCUCCUCCAAAUUCUCAUGAUUGAGCAAUGCUAAGAAUAGUGCUAAGAACUGAAUUAGCACUGGAAAACAGAAUAGGUUGAGAUCCACAGGCAGGAAACUUUGUGAAACGUCUUCAACAUACUGAGAAGAUGGAUGGGAUUGAGAGAAGGAUGUCCUCGCUGGACAUAUCUCGCGUGCAUUGGAAAUCUGUUCCUGGGAAGGAAGUGGAGGGAGUCUUUGGCAGGGGCCCUAAAGAGCCGCAAGCUCAAAAAUGCUAAGGUCUUGCAGGUGAGGCGCUGUGGGACAAUUUCAGCAGAUGCGGCAAAGUCAGCAGCUGGGUGGGCUGAGGCCAUGGUGUGCUCUGCCAGUCCCAACCUACAUUGGCUGUGACACAAAUCACCAGCAGGAGACACUGAGAGCCGCCAUGGUGAUGCCUACUGCUUGUUAGCCUCCAGCAGAAGCUCCCUUCUUCUUCUUACAGAUGAUUGGGUCUUUGGGGGGUACAAAUACCCCCAAAGUCAGAGCAAGAGUCUCUGGAGAUGGACAAGCAGUGGGACAGCUAGUGGACAGGGAACAUGGGGGAGUCGGCAGGGAGAAACUUAACCAGAAGCUCAUGAGCGGGUCGCUUGGAUAGUCCUUCAUCUAUACCCUGAGAUGGGCCAGAUUUGGGUGAGAAGGCAGGCAGUGGGAAAGCCUGUCUAUGGUUGUUACUGUUAUGUGUCAACUUGGCUAGGCCAUGAUUCUCAGCAGUUUGGCAGACAUUAUGCAAUCAUCUUCCAUUUUGUGAUCUGGUGUGAGCAGCCAAUCAGUUGGAGGGUAAGUUCCCUUGGGGGUGAGGCCCGCGUCCAGUAUGUAAGCACUCUCUCUCUCAACCCUGUGUCCGUUUCAUCAUCCUCGGACCCUCAGUUCUUGGGCUGUAAGUCAGCAGUCUGCCACCUGACCUGCCAAUUUUGGGUCGUCAGCCCCUGCGACCACAUGAGUUAGGAGGUCUCCAGCCUGCUGCCUGACCCAUGGAUUUGGGACUUGCCAGCCUCCACAAUUGAUAAAUCCUUGUGAUAAAUCCCUCUCUAUGUAUUUAAAUGUACGCUUCACUGGCUUUGCUCCUCUAGAGAACGCAGCCUAGGGUACCGCCUUUUGUGGUCGUGAAGAUCAUCUCAGACGUGGCCUCGGGGACAGAUAUAUGGCUCCUGUAGUUGUGUGACACUUGGGCUUCAGUUUCCUCAUCUGUAAAAUCGUCCUAAUAUCAGCACCUACUACGCAGGAUUUUUGUGAGGAUUAUUAUGAGAUAAAAAUGCUGAAAUGAAACUCUGCCUAACGUUUUCCAUAUUUUGGUGUGGUGCUUUCGGGAAGGCUGCUCUGCGUUAUUCACCCUGGACUUGGUGCUGGCCCUGACAGCUCAGACAGAGGAGUUGGGAUGGUGAAUUUUAUGUGUCAACUUGGCUGGGUUGCAGUGCCCAGUUGUUUGGUCUAGACGUUGUGAAGAUAUUCACAUCUGAUUAGCAUUUAAAUCAGCUGGCCUUAAGUAGAGAAGAUUACCCUCCAUAAUGUGGGUAGGCCUCAUCCAAUCAGUUGAGGGUCUUAAGAGCAAAAAACUGAGGUUUCCCAAAGGAGAAGGAUUCUGCCUCAAGACUGGAAAUAGACAUCCUGCCAGAAUUUCCAGUCUACCACCUGCUCUACAGGUUUCAGACACAAGACUGCCAGAGUUUCCAGCCUGCUGCCUGAGCUAUGGAUUUUAGACUUGCCUGUCGCCCCAGUCGCAUGGGGCAAUUCUUUAAAAUAAAUCUCUCUCUGCCCCUCCCCUCCCCUCCCUUCUCCUCCCCUCCCCUUACCUCUUCUCUUGUGUCUCCUCUCCCCUCCUCCUCUGUCUGUGUAUAUAUCCUAUAUAUUCCAUAUAUCUUCUUGGUUCUGUCUCUCUGGAGAACCCUGACUAAGACAUAGGUGGAUGCUGAGAUAGUAUUUGUUUAGUUUACUGUUAUCAUUUGUUUUGGUUAUCUGAUUCUGCAGAGCAAUAAUAAAUCAUGUAGUACUUCACACGCUUUCUUGUGAGUCAGGAAUGCAGGAGCAGCUUGGCCGAGUGGUUCUGGCUCACCUUUCCCCUGCGGUUGCAGUCAGGUGUUAGCCAGGGCUGCAUCAUCUGAAGGUUGGACUGAGGCAGCAGGGUCCACAUCCCAGGUGGCUCAUUCUCAUGGCUGACAAAUUGUGCUGACUGUUGGCAGAAGGCCUCAUUCCUCUCCAUGUGGCUUGAGCUUCCUCAUGUAAUGGUGUCUUAAUUCCAAAGGUGAGCAUACAGAGUGAGAGAGAGAGAGGGAGGAGGAAGCUCUAUCAUUUUUAUGACUUAGCUUCAGAAGUCACAUAUUACCAAACUUCUUCCAUACUCCACUGGUCAGGGAAGUGAGACACCCCUGCUCAAAUCUGAGUGUAGGGAACUAGACCCCACCUCGCGUUGGCAGGGAUCUCAAUCAAACUGUAAGGAGAGUUUGUGGAAUGGGAUAAGUAUAGAUAAAUAUGUAAGUAUAUGUCUUUGGAAAAUACUAUCUACCACGUUAUUGUUCUUUUUAUUAGAAAAAAUGAGAGAGAAGCUUCACAGCCUAUUUUCUGUCAAUGAUUACUGGUGGUCAGAAGCCGGUCUUGUCUUCCUUAUGUGUGAACAGAAGUGGACUUUUUUUUUUGCCAAGCUCCUACUUUGAUAGAGGCUGUCUGGGGGAAAAAAUAAAAUAAAAUAAAUGAAAAUUUUGGCUGGGUUAGUGAAAUAGCAUGAAAACCAGAGCACCAAAGAACAACUCGAGAUUUCAUCGAAUUUAUGUUACAUUGCAAAAUUCCUUGCACUUAAAAAAGCCUGGCUGCUGGAGUCGGUGAUGUAGCUGCCCAUGAUCUCCAGCUUUGAGGAGGAGAGAUGGAAGCAGAGACUCCAAGGAAUGUCCUCAGGGAAUCUCUCUCACCCGGAUUUGUGGUCUCCACACUGCUUAGCCCUGACCCCGUUGAGCCCCUUUUCUCUCAACAUAUGAAUUUGCUUUCUUCCCUCUUCCCAGAGAAAAUAGAAACCAGCAUAGGUGCUCCCCCAAUUUUGCACCAUCAAGUCUGCGUUCCCACUCAUGUCUUUCCUUUAUGAUGGAGAAGCAGCCAGCCUUUUCCCGCCUGCUUGGUAUCCUGUUCCCAGUCUGAGUCCCACCCUCUCCUGUAUCUUUGCCAUUUUGCUUCUAUUGUCUACUUUUCAUUAGCAUGCACAAAGCCACCUCCACCAACAACACACAACCCUUUGUGUGCACUACACCCCCUGCCUGCUCUCAUCAUCCCACAGCUACCAUCCCAUCUUCUCCCUGCCUUCCCAGAUAAACUCCUCUAACAAUUGUCCUCAGCCACUGUCCCCAUCUUCCCAGGUCUCUCUCCCUCCUCAGUCCACUUCAGUCUGGUUUCUACCUUUGCAUUUAUCAUGUGGAGUUGAUAUUUUUUUCCAUCAAUUUUUGAAUUUGAUUUGAGUUUACGUUUAUAUUCACAGGCAUUAAAAGGUAAUGGGUGGGGGAAAACCACAUUUAAAUAGGAUUUUACUCUAUUCAACAUGCAUAAGAUUGACCUCCAGUUUUACGUUUUCUCUGAAACAUUCCAGUUACAUGCAAGAAGCCAGAGAAAGCCAAACACUGACUGGGCUUAUUCUAGUUUCAAAAUGGACCAUCAGGGAGCUGUCUGUUUUCAGUUUCCUCAUAGCAACCCGAGUCUGACUUCUGAAACAGAGUCCCCACUUGGCUUUUCUCCUAGGUUAAACCUCUUGGGUGCUGUUCACAUCUUCCUAUUAAUGGGAAAGUCCUGAAGACAGAGCCAUGUGGCCCUAAUUUCUCUUUAGAAUAUACGUGUUGUCCCUACCCUCCGUGUCCUUGUCUAUCCCACAGAGCCAUGCCAGGAGGGGUGAGAGACAGUGUUGUCUGGGGGAGAAUCUCACCAGUCAUAUGCUUUCUAGGUGGAAAAAAUACUCAAACAUAUUGCAGUUUUUAUUGUUUUCCUUCUGGAACCUGCCAGCUCUCGAUACUAGAGGACUCUUUGAAAACUGAAUAACUCAUAAGACCAUUUUGCAAGAUCUCAGAAAAAACACACCAGAAACAGAAGGUUCGUGUUUUUCUCAGUUAACACAGACUUUACAAUUAAGGCAAGAAGCUUGGCAAGACCCCAUUUGUGUUUUGCCAAACUCGAAACAGUUGGAUUUCUAUAGUUUUAGAUGUGCUAGAAAGCCAGGAAAGGAGGAGGCUGCUAGUCUCCUUUUUUGUAGGGAACGCUGGUGGUUUCACUUUUGUCACAUAAACGGGCAAAAGGGAGAGUCUUUGGAGACCAGGAGCCCUAGGCGCUUGUUAAAUUUGGCAAGGUGUCUCAGAGAGGCCUGCAAAGUGUGUUCAGAGGUUUGGGGGCAUGGUAGGGAUAGGCAAGGGAACCACAUUUGAAAGAUACAAAGUGGUGGAAAGGGAGUCUCCUUUGGGAAGCCAGUGCUGCGUCCUCCUGUGCUGGAGGCAAGGCCAGCCCAGAUGCUGCAGGACUCCUGUAACCAGGGUGAAGGGCAAGAGAAUGAAAGGAGUGCUCAGCAGCACUGCACACGUGGGUAGGAGCUCAAGGACCCGGUUCAUGGAGGCAACACCCAAACCUCUGGGCACCAUUUGGCCACCAACUGCCACCUCUGUGUUGUCAGUUUUUAACUGUAGCAAUUCUAAUGGGUCUGUAGUGGUGUCUCAUUGGGAUUUUAAUUAUCAGUUCAUUUCAUUUGAUGACUAAUAGCACUGAUGAUGUUGAGCCCCUUUUCAUGUGCUUAUUGGCCAUUCAUGGUGGUGGUGUUGUUAGGUGCCGUCAAGUUGGUUCCAACUUAUAGUGACCCUGUGUUCAACAGAAGAAGACACUGCCUGGUCCUGCACCAUCUUCAUAAUUGUUGUUACGCGUGAGCCUAUUGUUACAGCCACUGUGUCAAUCCAUCUCCUUGAGGGUCUUCUCUUUUUUGAUGACCCAUUUGUAUGUCUUCAUAUAUCUUCUUUUGUAAAGUGUCUAUUCAGAUUUUUGCCCCUUUAUAAAUUGAAUUUUGUCCCACCAAAAAUGCGUAUCAACUUGGCUGGGCUGUGAUUUCCAGUAUUGUGUGAUUGCCCAACAUUUUGUCAUCUGAUGUGAUUUUCCUGUUUGUUGUAAAUCCUACCUUUAUGAUGUUAAUGAGGCAGGAUUAGAGGUUUAGAUGUUAAUGAGUGAAGACUCAGCCUAUAAGAUUAGGUUGUGUCUCAAGCCAAUCUCUUUUGAGAUAUAAAAGAGAGGAGAGCAGAGAGACAAGGGGACCUCAUACUGCCAAGAAAUAAGAGCCAGGAGAAUAGACUGUUCUUUCGACCUGGGGUCCCUGCGCUGAGAAGAUCUUGACUGGGGAAGAUGACAACAAGGAACUUCCCUCAGAGCCAACACAGAGAGAAAACUUUCCCCUGGAGCUGGCACCCUGAGUUCUAGCCUCCUAGACUGUGAGAGUAUAAAUUUCUCUUUGUUAAAGCCAUGCACUUGUGAUAUUCCUAUUACAGCAGCACUAGGUGACUAAGACAGCCCCUUUCUAUAAUGUUGUCUGUCUUCUGAUUAUGGAGUUACAAGACUUCUUUAUAUGUUCUGGAAAUAAGUUCUCUGUCAAAUAUGCGUUUUGAGACUAUUUUCUCCCAGUCUCUGAUUUGCCUUUUUACUUUCUUAGAAGAGUCAUUCAAAGAGCGCAAGUUUUCAUUUUGAUGAGUCCAUUAUUUAAUCAAUUUUCUUCUUUUUUAGGGUUAAUGCUUUCUGGGUCCUGACUAAGAAAUUCUGGUAUACCUCGUGGUUAUGAAGAUGUUCUCUUAUUUUUUCUUCUAGAAACUUUAUAGUUUUAUCCUUUAUGAUUGGGCCGAUGAUCCAUUUGAAAUUAAUUUUCGUGUGUGUGGUGAAGUAAGAGUCAAGGUUAAAUCCCGGCCCCCCCACCCCCACCCCAACGUGGAUAUCCAAUUGUUCCCGGACCAUUUGUUGAAAAAACCAUGCUUUUCAAAUUGAAUUACCUUUGUCACAUGUCACUUGACCAUAUGUGUGGGCAUAUUUCUGGACUCCUUAUUUUGUUCUGAUGAUCUUUACAUCUACUAUCUGCUAAUACCACUCUGUCUAGGUUCCUAUAGCUGUGCAGAAGGUCUUGAAAUCAUGUACUUGGCAUCUUCCAACCUUUUUUUUCUUUUUUUCCUUAUUGUUUUGACUCUUCUUGGGUAUCAAGUCAUGUAAGGCAUGCAUCAGGGUUAUAUCCUUUCACCAUACUUAUUCAAUCUGUAUGCAGAGAAGAUAAUCUGAGAAGCUGGACUGUAUGAAGAAGAACGGGGCAUCAGCAUUGGAGGAAGACUCAUUAACAACCUUCACUAUGCAGAUAACACAACCUUGCUUGCUGAAAGUGAAGAGAACUUGAAGCCCUUACUGAUGAAGAUCAAAGACCACAGCCUUCAGUAUGGAUUACACCUCAACAUAAAGAAAACAAAAGUCCUCACAACUGGACCAAUGAGCAACAUCAUGAUAAACGGAGAAAAGAUUGAAGUUGUCAGGGAUUUCAUUUUACUUGGAUCCACAAUCAGCAGUCAUGGAAGCAGCAGUCAAGAAAUCAAAUGAUGCAUUGCAUUGGGCAAAUCUGCUGCAAAAGACUUCUUUAGGGUGUUAAAAAGCAAAGAUGUCACCUUGAAGACUAAGGUGUGCUUUACCCAAGCCAUGGUAUUUUCAAUCGCCGCAUAUGCAUGUGAAAGCUGGACAAUGAAUAAGGAAGACAGAAGCGUAACAGCGAUUGUGAGGAUGGCGCAGGACCAGGCAGUGUUUCGUUCUGUUGUACGUAGACAUAGAUUUAGUCGGGACGACUCAAUGGCACCUAACAACAACAACAGGGUAUUUGCAUUUUCACAUAAAUUUUAGAAUAAGCUUGUAAAAUCCUAUAAAAAAAAAACUUGCUGGAGUUUUCAUUAAGGUUUUGUUGAAUCCUUUGAUCAAUCUGGCAAUCUGGGAAGAGAUGACAUUUAACAAUGUUGAACUUGCCAUUCGUGGGCAUGCUGUAUUUCUUCAUGUAAGUUUUUUUUUUCUUUCUCAGCAAUGUCUUGUAGUUUCCAUACAAGUCUUAUAUGUAUUUUUUUUAAAUAUAUGGCUAAAUAUUUCAUGUUUUGGGAUGCUAAUGUAAAUGGUAUUGUAAAAUUUUCUUCUUCUGUUUUCAUGUCUGGUAUAUAGAAAUACAGUUGAUAUUUAUUUAUUGACCUGUAUCCUGCAAUCUGAGUCUCUGGGUGGUGCAAAUGGUUAAGCGCUCAAAUGUAACCCAAAGUUUGGUGGUUUGAGCCCAUGCAGAGGCACCUUGGAAGAAAGGCCUGGCAAUUUGCUUCCAAAAAGUCACAACCUUGAAAAUCCCGUGGGAUGCCAUUCCACUUUGCACAUGUGGCAUCGCAAUGAGUCAAAAUCAACUUGACAGUGACUAGUUUGUUUGGGGGGUUUUUUUGGGCGGGGGGAGGGAGCGUACAAUCUUACUAAAUCCACUUGUUAGCUGUAGUGGCUUUUCUUGCAGAUUCUCCAAGCUUUUCUAGGUACAUAAUCAUGUCUUCUGUGAAAAAAAUAGUUUAACUCCUUUCCUAUCAUACAUAUGUGUGUGUGUCUGUAAUAUGUUUGCAUUAUAUAUAUACGUAUAUAUAUUCCUUCACCUGAAUACACUGGUCAGAUCCUCUGUUACAACAUUGAAUAGAAAUGAUGAGAGCAGAAAUCCCCACCUUGUUUCUGAUCUUAGAAAAUGCCUCUGUGUACUGUUAGUAUGGGAGCUAUGCUGGCUCCCAUACUAUGCUGGGACCUUCCACAUUGCCCUCUGGCCUUUUACAGGGAAGGUUGGUGACCCCUGGAUUAGAUGAUGGGAAGUGUAACCAGAGCUUUGCUUAGAACUCACGUCAUGGCGACUCUUUGCUUUCAGCUCUCACUUUGGUCUUUUCCUCAGGCCCGUUCGUAUCUGUGCGGCCUGCAGUUCUGGCAUGUCGGCACACGCAGUUUAUAUACACAUUUGUGAGCCCUCCUGCAGACACCCAUGGGACAGAGCUGGCGUGUCCAGCAUCACUCAGCAAGAAGCCAGGGCCGUUGUGGGCCUCUAUGUUCCUUCUUUACCAAUAGCCACAUUUAACCUCAGCGAGGAAUACCGAAUAUUCUGUGGCCAAAAGAACAAACAACUCAGUCUUAGAAGACGUACAACCAGAAUGCCCCCAGAAGUGAGGAUGGCGACACUUCAGCUCACUUGCUUUGGACAUGUCGUAAGGAAAGAACAAUCAGUGGAGAAAGAUACCAUGUUUGGGAGAGGGUCAGUGAAAAAGAGAGAAACCCUCCAUGCGAUGGAUUGACACGAUGGCUACAACAAUGGGCUCAAACAUACCAAAAUCACGAACAUGGCAUAGGACUGGGCAACGUUGCAUUCUGUUACACGUAAGGUCUCUGUCAUGGAUUGAAUUGUGUCCCCGCAAAAUAUGUGUCAGCCCGGUUAGGCCAUGAUUCCCAGUAGUGUGUGGUUGUCCUCCAUUUUGUCAUCUGAUGUGUUAUCAAUCAUUGAGGCAGGAUUAGAGGCAGUCGUGUUAAUGAGGAAGGACUCAGUCUAUACGAUCAAGUUGUGUCUUGAGUCAGUCGUCUUUUGAGAUAUAAAAAAUACAAGCCAGCAGAGAAGAGAAGGACCUCAUACCACCCUGAGAGGAGAGCUGGGAGUAGAGUGUGUCCUUUGGACCCUGGGUCCCUGCACUGAGAAGCUCCUAGACCAGGAGAAGACUCAUGACAAAAACCUCCCCUGAAAGCCAUCAAAAACAAAAAGCUCUCUCCUGGAACUAGCAACCUGAAUUUGGACUUCUAGCCUCCUAAACUGUGAGAGAAUGAAUCUGUUUGUUAAAGCCACCCAUUUGUGGUAUUUCUGUGGUAGCAGUGCUAGGUAACUAAGACAGUCACUAUGCUUCAGAGCCACCUCAAUGGCUACUAACAACAAUGUCAAUGAGCUCCGGAUACAAUGGCAGGAGUUUUCCAUCUUGUUUUGGGUGGCUGGGCCCCUAGAAACCGUGGUGUUCUUUGUGGUGCUGUUUGGUGUAUCAAUACAGUUCAUGGUUCUAUUGUAUAAACCAGGGCUAAUGUAUCCAGCCCAGCAUGAACCAGUACGUGUGUGUCGUAUAAAAUCAUAGUCACGAGCAGUGAUAUGAACAAGAAAAUACCAUUGAAAGUCACCAAACAUGCAUGAUUAGAAAUGUGAGUUUUUAUUAUUAAUAAAGCUGCUGAGACCUCUUA